UUGUCCGCAUUUUUUCGGUUCCACUCCCCCCUGUUAGUAGUCCUUGGUGCUUUUUGGAGGGCGUUUUUUUAAAAAAAAAAAAAAAAGUUCUACACCUUUCACGGAUAAUUCCGCCGGGGAAGGUCAUAGUUCGACGACGCAACCACGCAAGAAACAACAUGCUGAUCGGUCUCGUGCGCGACUCAGUGCUGCAGUGCUUCUGUCACAGCUGCAAGGCACCCUUGGGCCUCGUAGCGGGGGAUAGGAGGGGCAACGCGCCCUUCAAGAAGCCCAGCGGCAAAGGAAAGCCGCGGACCAAGCAGCCGAAGAAAGUGAAGUUCAUCACGACCGAGAUCCGAUGCCAGGAGAAGUCGAAGGGUGGCCUGUGCUACGAGGUGAUCCUGGCGGAGCCAACGGUCCCGAAGAGGGCACCGUCCCCACCGCAGACCAACCCGACUCAACAAGUCGCGAUCGAAGACAAGCUUCGCGCCGCGGAGGAGAGAAGACUUUCAUUGGAGGCCCAUAAGCUCGCCGCUCUUGCCGCUAAGCUGAGCAAAAUCGAAGAGGCAGCCCGCAAAAAGGACGAGCUAAGCGCUGCUUUCAUCGCGGCGACUCGCGAAUCAUUGGACGCGAAGAUGAACAACACCGAGGAGAAACGAGAGGCGCACAUCGCGGAACUGAAGAGCAAGCUGAAAGAACACUUGGAGAGCGUGGAGAAGACUCGUCUGAGUCUCGAACAACAGACCGAGGAGGUUCGUUGCGCCGUUGAAGAGAAACUGAAGACCGCUGCUGCUCAACGCGAUGAGAAUAUCAAGAGGAUGCUGGAUCGCCUGAAGGAACAUGAAGUACAAGCUGCUCGCGUUCGUCAAGCAAUGAGCGAGCGUGUGCAGCAACUGGAGAGCCAAAUCCAAGGGAAAUUGGACCAGGCCCGUGAACGCCGUGAGAACAUGGAACAGGAACUGAAGGAGAAACUCCGUAAUCAUGAAAGGCGCGCCGAAUUGGUGAGACAGAACAAGGCGGCACUGUCCGAGCAGUCUGCCCUGCCCGCUGAAAAGGAGACCGCCAGCUCUGGAUAAACAGAAGGAUCGUACUCGAUCGCGAUCCUCGUUAAUAAUAUAUCUUUUCAUCGUUGCGAAAUCGAGGAAAGAGGAAAGCGGGUCUUGACCGCAGAGGCUUGCAGUGUCACUCUCGCUGAACACAGGUCAUCGGAGUUGCUACGUAUUUAAAUUUCGGAAUAAAAAUCCAGAGAGGGGGGAGUCGCGCUCGCUGUGCUUGACGAGGGUCCGUUACGCUUUGUGCCAUUUUCGUUCGCUGGAUGAAACAAAAAUACAAAAAAAGAAAAAACAGAUCAUUUUCAGAGGGGAACUCGCAAGCGAUUUAUAGUAGCCAGAGAGAUUUGCAAUUUUAACGAUUAUCAUUUUGAUCACCGGUGGUGUUUUGGGAGGUUGAAACGUUCGAUUAGAUAAAAAAAAGGGAGAGAAGUGAUCCGGGGAAGACGUUCCACCGACGAACUUGUCUUCUCCGAUUUCUUUCUCUUUCAUUAUCUGCCACUUUGUACUCGUGCAACAAAAAAUCACUGCCUUCGUCUAACUACACACCCGUUUGUUUUUUAUAAGGGAGGGGUGGUAUAAAAAGGUGUACACAAAUAUAUUAUACACGUACUAGCCUCGAUUUAGGACAGGACGUGUGUAAUAUUAUUCUUCAGGUCUAACGUGCCUACCACUUACACGAUUGUGGAUCUUCUACGAGAUGGCAUUAAAACGAAUAACUUCUCUGUGUUUUGUGAUUGAUUGUGUAUGUUGGACUCACUGAUAUUUUAAGACUUUUUUUUAUAACACGCUUUUUUUUCAGUAUAUAUAUAUAUAUUACAUUUCUUUUUUACAAUGGCUAUGGUUUUGUUGUUAUCUUAAGUACCCGAUCGAGGAAUCAUUUAUAUG